CAUGCAAAAAUUAGUCUAUUGCCAUGGGAGAACCUGGCUUUUUGGAAGGAGGACUAACUGGACUAUGAAGGAAUACACCCUUCAUACUAAUCCUCCACAAAAUGUGGCUCUCUGUGAGAUAUAUUCUUCACUGAAGAAGCCAAACAAGGAGAGUGACGGUAGCCUGAAGCCUAUCCAGAACCAAAGCUCUUUAUCUUAUAGUGCUUCUAGCAAAGAUGAUGUUUCCAACUUUGCGUCAUCCCAGGGAUCGCCAUCUAUCCAUGGAGUAAGUAUCAGCAAUUCAAGUGGUGUUGGUGCAUGCUCAGGAUCGGUAAAUAUUGAUGGUACGGGUGGAGCAGGCUUUUGGUCCUUGGAUGAAGUCCUCUCAUCAUUUAGUGGUGACGACUUACUUUUCGGAAGCAGAACUUUAUCUACCAGAUAAUUGGUGUCCUGAUGGAGGUGGCACUGAUAUCUUCAAAUUUGAGGAUACUGCAGGUUCAAGUAAUUGGCCUGAAUUCUUCCCGGAAAAAGUUAACUCACCAAAGUUGGACACGGAGCUCUGCAACAGUGAUAUUGAUGGAACCAAACCUGAUUCCAAAAUGUAGCAAGAUGCCAUGUUUGCAAUGCGAACUUGCUCUCUUCUAUUGCUAUCUAGUAGGUAAUUAUUUGAUGUUGUCUCUUGGAGAUCUUGUUUAUUAAAUUUUCUUACUUGUUUCUGGUCAAAAUUUCUAUAUAAAUUUGAUGAACUUGGGUAAUUUUUGCAAAUUUACUCUUAUGAUGUGUAA